AGCACACCCCCCCCUAUUACGAUCGAUCAUAGCUAAAUCUCAAGCACGUUAGAGAGAGAAAAUAUCACAGCGACCAAUAAAAGAAAAAAAAAAUGGCGAACCCCAGGGUUUUCUUCGACCUGACCAUCGGCGGCCAACCGGCCGGCCGGAUAAUAAUGGAGCUCUACGCCGACGUGGUGCCUAAGACGGCCGAGAACUUCCGCGCUCUCUGCACCGGCGAGAAAGGCGUCGGGAAAUGCGGCAAGCCGCUCCACUACAAAGGCUCCAAGUUCCACCGCGUGAUCCCGGACUUCAUGUGCCAGGGCGGCGAUUUCACCGCCGGAAACGGCACCGGAGGCGAGUCGAUCUACGGAUCCAAGUUCAACGACGAGAACUUCGUGAAGAAGCACACCGGACCGGGGAUCCUGUCCAUGGCGAACUCCGGACCGGGGACCAACGGCUCGCAGUUCUUCAUCUGCACGUCGAAGACCGAGUGGCUCGACGGGAAGCACGUGGUGUUUGGGAAGGUUGUUGAGGGUUACGAGGUCGUCAAGGCGGCGGAGAAGGUCGGAUCUGGCAGUGGCCGGACUUCCAAGCCGGUGGUGGUCGCCGACUGCGGUCAACUCUAGAUCUGCCUGCCUCUCUCGUCCGUUGAUUGAUCCUCUAACGACGGUGGAUGAUCCGUCGUUCUAAAUAAUGAUCUAUGUGCUUGUGAUUUUAAUUCUCUAUCUUCUUUUCAAUUAUCCUGUUUUAACUUUGAAUCUGAACUACUUUUAUCUUUAAAUAAAAUCGAAAUUUACCUUUUCUCUGUUCU